UGGUGGUGGGAGCGGGGAGGACAGAGAGAGAGGGGGUCUAGGAACGACAGCAAAGGAACGCGACUGGGCAGACGGUACUCGUGCUAGCAACGGACUCGCCACCCGUAGCAGCCGGCGCAGCAGAAUCAUCGAACGUCACCGCAAUGCAAGUCGUGUAGACACCGAGCACCGUAUAUCCGCCCGUGGGUGCCGAAGGAACUGCGGUGGAGGUGAUGACUCCACUAGAAACGGCGGGAGCCAAAGGGCUGAUCGAAAUCACCGCUGCGGUGGUUCUGACAGUGCCAACGUCGAUGAAGGACGAGGUCACCUGCAAAAUCCACGGCGAUCAGACUUUCCGCCCGCAGCACCGAUCCGGGAUCCAACAAACGCACCGCAGCAGCGUUCGCACCGACGAUCGCACCGAGAACAGCAGAGAUGAACAACAUGGGUGGCUGCAAUAGAACUGUAAGAGGGAUGUUGCUGAUCGUUCUUAGCAAUACUCCAAGGCUUAAAUACAAG